AUGUCUGAACUCACAGCGCUGCCAAAGGGCUCGUUGAUUCUCGUCACCGGGGCAAACGGAUACAUCGGAGCCCAGGUGAUCAACACACUUCUUGAGUUGGGCUACCGCGUGCGCGGCACCGUUCGAUCUGAAAAGCCGUUCCUGAAUGAGUACUUCAGUAAAUAUGGCGAUGCUUUUGAGCAAGCCAUUGUACCUCAUCUCGACGAUGAAGAGGCCCUCGGGCUUGCAAUGACUGACGCAUCUGGCGUUGCUCUUGUGGCAUCGGACCUCUCUUUGAGCGACGACCCUCAAAAGGUUAUUCCCUGGGUCGUGAAGUCAACCGAAAUUGCCUUGGCGGCUGCAGCAAAGCACAGCAGCAUCAAGCGCGUGGUUCUUACGUCGUCUGCUUUUGCGGCGAUAGUGCCCCAAUACAACAAGACUGCUGUUGUUAACGAGGACACUUGGAACGAGGCUGCUAUUAAAGCGGCCUGGGACCCAAACACCCCGAAGGAACUCAAGCCGGGUGCUGUGUACGCGGCGUCCAAGGCAGAGGGAGAACGAGCCGCUUGGAAAUGGGUUGAAGAGCACAAGCCUGGCUACGUGUUCAACGCCAUUCUUCCAAAUUUCAACACGGGAGAGAUUCUUCGUCCUGAAAUUGCGGGCUCUACCAUGAAGUUCGCCAGCGACUUACUGAGAGGUCAAGAUGCUAUGCUUCGCGCCUUCAUGCCACAAUGCUAUGUCGAUGUGGGCGAUGUUGCACGCCUUCACGCCAUCGCCAUGCUUGCUGAGCCUGUGAAGUCUAAGAGAAUCUGGGGUUCCGCCAAACCUGUCAAUUUCUCUGACUUCGUUGAUGUCUUGCACGAAUUGAGACCGGAUAACAAGCUGAUUGCAGAAAAGCCGGAGAACGAGGGCCGUGACCUUAGUGAGCUGCCGCCUGCUGUCGAGGCCGAGAAGUUACUCCAGAAGUACUUUGGACAGAAGGGCUGGACUCCGUUCAAGGAGAGCAUUGAAGCAGGAAUUCGCGGCAUGUAG